AUGCUCCUCUGCCCAUUAAUUCUGCUGAGUGGCAUCUGGUUCGUUUACCAAGCUCCAACAGAGCAAGAAGCUAGGAGGCAGCAGUUCCUCACUGCAUUGGGAGUGUCACUAAUUGCAUCACUCGUGUGGGGUGUGGUGUUCGAGAGGGCCUAUUCGGACACUGAUGCGCUCAACCUCAUACUUAGCUUUUGGGUAGCCGGGUUCCUCAACGUGUUUGUCCUGCUUGCCAUGGAUCUUAAGCAUAAAAGCAUCUACCUCGUGUUGACGGCCAUACUGGUUGGCGUCCUUUGUGCUAUCUGGCUGAGGCAAGAGAGCCUUACCGUCACUAGCGGGUUGCCCGGUAUGGUCGAACAAGCUGGAUUACUUGGGGUAUUGUUGGGUGCUCUGCUCUUGUAUGUUGGUCAGCUUGCUGCAGAGAAAUUUGUCGAAAAGCGGAUGGCGAAGCUGAAGCCAAGCGCGGCAUCUGCGCAGGUUUGA